AUGACCAGCCACGCCGCAGCUCUCAUGCGGAGCGAAGAUAUCAACCACGAGCGGAUGUACACGUUCGUCGGUGCUGUAGGAGGCCUCGCCUUGAUACCCAUCGUCUUUCAUCUUGGACGACGACUUGCCCAGAAGACCAAUGCUGGGAAGAAGGGAGUAUCGGCACUUGCUGUCCUGUCUCGGAAACCGCGAAAGGUUCUUCUUCACACAGCACCCGGCUUGCCUUCUCGGGGACAUGCCAUCCUAGUUUCGCUCUAUGUUGCCAUCAACCUCGCCCUCGCCUUUACAAACAUCAACAAUCCCGUUAUUGGGCUCACCGGUACCUUGGGUGGACGAGCCGCAUGGAUGGCCCUUGCGAAUUUAACCGUCCUCAUCUUUCUCGCCUUGAAAAAUACCCCCCUGGCAUUCCUCACAGCCUGGUCGUACGAACGUCUCAACAUCUUGCAUCAAAUCGCCGGCUACAUGUGCAUCAGCUUUGUCAUCAUCCACGCCUCUUGCUACACCAAAUACUUCACGGCCAUGGGAAGAACCUCCAUCCUUCGGGAAGAGAGUGUGAUUUACGGCGAGAUUGCCGGCUUGUCCUUUGUCAUUGUUGGAUUCGCAGGAGCCGUUAUUCGUCGAUGGUGGUACGAACUCUUCUACUAUGUCCACAUGAGCUGCUGGAUCAUCGCCAUCGUCAUGAUAGGCCUUCACCAGCCAAUGUUCGCCAAGAGGAUCGUCUUUGUUGUCAUUGCUGUCGCUAGUGUCUGGGUGCUUGACCGACUUGUGCGCGUAACUCGCCUGUUGAUUUACAGCGUCAACAACACUGCUACCCUUACGCCUCUGCCAAACGGCGCCACUCGAGUCACCCUCAAGAAGGCUCCACUGGGUGCCGUUUCUGGACAGCACUGCUUCCUUUGGAUCCCGUCCGUCCGAUUCAGCGAGACGCAUCCCUUUACGAUUGCAAAUAUGGAGCCCAUGGAGUUUGUUGUAAACUCCCAUGAUGGUUUCACCCAGGAUCUGCACCGAUACGCAGUCAAGAACCCUGGUGUGACCGUAAAGGCCUCGGUCGAAGGAGCUUAUGGUACCCUGCCUGAUGCCACCGAGUACGAGAGAGUUGUCUUGGUUGCAGGUGGAAGCGGUUCGACCUUUACAUUCGGAAUGGCGCUCAACAUGCUCAAGAACAUGUCUCCUGAGCAGCAAGACAAGAAGAUUACCUUUAUCUUGAUGGUCAAAUAUAGGAGCCACCUUACUUGGUUUGCGUCUCACCUCGAAACUCUUGCAAAGGACCCCCGUGUGCAGCUCGAAAUCUACGUCACCCGAUCGUCGGAAGAAAAGACGGACGCCGAGAUACGCAUAGGAUCAGUACCCACCACAGCAUCCUCCGAAACCGACGCCGAGAAAGCGAUCCCUGCCGUGACGGCCCAGCCCAUGACAUCUGCCGGUUCAUCAUCCUCAGGAGAGUCGACUUCAGAAGAAGCAGAAGUAGAAUCAGUACCGUCAAACGCUUAUGAGAACUCCAUCAAGAGUGGCAAGCCAGAUGUCGCUGCUUUGAUUCAAGCCGAGAUCGAGCAGACUCCGGUAGAGCAGCGCGUUCUAGUCUUGGGAUGCGGACCUGAGGGCCUCAUGACACAAGUCCGUAACACCACUGCGGCGUGCAUACGAGCUGAUGGUCCUGGAGUAGAGCUCCACUGUGAACAAUUUGGUUGGUAA